CUUUUUAUUUAUUGGAAUGUUCGCGUUCGAUAAGUUGACUUCCUGCGACGUUUCCUGAUGUAGACGGUACUUCCGUUUUUCCUGCCGACAGAAGAUCAUCAUUUGUACAGAAGCGCAGAAAAGGUAAUUUCUUACCAUUAUGGCAGCCGUCCAACUGUCUGUAGCAGUAUUCGUCUGUGUAUCUUUGGCGGGGGCAUGGGCCCUUCCGAAGCCACCUAUUUCAAACGGCGUAUCUUCAGGCGCAGGUGAAAUACCUGAUGUUCCAGAUUAUCGUCCAUUUGGCGAACCCCUUGGUAAAGGAUUUCCAGAUAACGAAGUGUUCAACGAUUACGAUUUGGACUCGAACGGAGGUGGUCCCGAGAUCUUUCCAGAGUACGACGAGAAUGAAAUCCAUCCACGACCACCAGGCGGCGGUGUGGAUCGUCCUUUAAAACCCGAUGAUAGAAUUCCGGAAGAAAAACAUCCUGAGGAUGAGCGCAAAGAGGAGCCCGAAGAGGAAGAGGAUCAUGAACCUCCCUCGAAAGGAGGUGAAGAAACACUUGACGAGGAGGAGGAGCCAGAACCCGAAGGUGGGGAAGAACCGCAAGGUCCAGAGGAAGAGGACACGCAUGCUGUGGAAGAUGAAAAGAAACCUCACGAUGAUGAAGGAGAAGAGACCCAGGAGGGUGAGGAGGAAGUUCCUCUCCCCUUCAACGCCGCCAUUUUCACCUUCAAGCAAGUGAAUCACUACAUCAAGCAACUCGAACAGGCGAUGGAACACGUGUUCAAAGAGACCCUCGAGGAUGCCGCCUUCCUUAACAACACUUUCGCUAACACUACAGAGGAAGAGGUGGAGGUGGACGGACACAAGUACAAAGUACAGAAAUCCCUCAUCAAGACCGGGGAUGAGGACAGGAACAGUACCCUGCUCGUUGAAGCCAUCUCUUCAGUGAAUGAAGACGAACCGAAGAAAAACAGGAGUGAGCGAUCAAAUCCUGAUGCAGAACCCAUCCAAUAACAGAUUAAUCAAGUUUAAACAAAUAAUAAACACAGAUGAUAGAAAAUUAAUCUGCUGACACAAGAAAACUAUUUCUUCUAUUUAUCAGCAAAUAUCUUGGAAGAUUUUUUUUUAUUUCUUGUAAAUUUCAUUAACUUCUACAUGUGUUUAAUAAAUCUAUCCUUAUUAUA